AUGGCAACCCCCGUCGCCGUACAGAUGAAUCUACAUCUGAUCAUGAAUUGGGACUCUGAUGAUAUUUUGGAAGCAUUUAAGAAAUUCAAACAGAAAACUCAACUAGCUUUCAAAAGUUUCCUGAAAGGCACGACUAAUGAUGAGAAGGUAAGCUAUAUCCUCUUAUGGAUGGGCAAUAAAAGUCUAGACCUAUUCAAUAGCUGGGAUAUGUCAGAAUCGGAUUGCAAUAACCCAGAAACACUUAUAGAGGAAUUUGAAAGGCACCUGGAGCCCAGAUUGAACCAUAGAAUUCACAGAUACGAAUUCCAGGGCCUGAAACAAGACCCACAAGAAACGAUUGACAAUUUCCUGUCCAGACUAAAGAAUGUUGCCGAAAAAUGCAAAUUCAAAGAUAAGGACGAAAGAAUCGUUGAUCAAUUAAUAUGGGGGUGUGCUCAUAAGGAAGUUCAGAAAUCCCUCAUAGGUAAGGACGCUCUCCAGUUGAUAGAAGCAGUAGACACUGCAAGAGCAUUCGAAGCUACUAUCAAACAAGUGGCCUCACUUAGCUUACAAACAAGCUCACUAGGCAGCAGUGUAGAUAUUGUAUCUAGGCACAGGACACAUAUCCGCAAACAAAGAACAUGCCAGUACUGUGGUAUAGAGCAUGAAUUCAAUAACCGAAAGAAAUGUCCUGCAUUCGGUACACACUGCAAAGCAUGUGGAAAACUUAACCACUGGGAAAAAAUGUGUAGGUUAACAAAAUCCCAGAAAAACAAACCCCAAUUUUCAAAGAUGAGCGGAAAUAGAAGAAGAGAUAUACAUGCCCGACAACAAAACACCUCAGAGGAGGAAUUCUUGGCAGUCGGCACAAUAAAUGUGCAUGAGACGAGAAAUGACGACCAGAGAGAAAAUGAGGCAUACACAACAAUAAGAAUACAGAAGAAGUCUGGCAGGAAACGAACAAACAUAGACUUAAGGCUAAAGAUUGACACUGGAGCCCAGAGUAAUAUCUUACCUGUCAACCUCUACAAAAAGAUGUUCUCAGAACACAUGACAGAAGAGGAUAAAGUCAAAGAAGGAAUCCUCACACCAAGUGAUGUAAUCCUCACUGCGUACGGAGGUACCAGGAUUCCACAACUGGGUAAAAUAACUAUCACAGGGACACACAAAGGAAAAACAAUCAAGUGUUCUUUUUAUGUCACAAGAACAGAAGGACCAGCAAUUCUUGGACUCAAUACCUGCAAAAAGCUAAACAUUGUAUCAAUCAAUGCUGAAGUGAAAGCAGCUCCAAGCAGGAUUGACAGUGAUAUGCCUAUCAAAGACCGACCACCAAUCACAACCAAAGAAGAACUGAUAAGCAUGUACUCUGAAUGCUUUGACGAUACAGUCGGGUGCUUUGUGAAAUGUUGA